GGUGUUGCUGCAACCUGGUUUGGUGUGCAACACAGCUUGACAAACAGGUGAGCAAGAUCUGUGGUCCUCAGCCAGGAACAUACCUGAGUCCUUUGUAGUCCGCGCAGGCACGUGGCUCGUGAAUAAGCCUCCCCCAUUAUAUGCAAGUCGAAACUUAAAACCACCGCAGGGGAGGCUCUCUGGUGGCACCUGGUCAAGAGAACAAUGGAUCGACACAAGAUCCCACGCACCAAAGAACUGGAAUUUGGGGGUAUUCUGGGGGCUGCCUUCCUCCUCAUCCUCUUGCCUGCCACUGUCUUUGCCCUGCUGCUGACUUGCAGGACAGAGCAGGCCAGUCUCCUGAAUUUCCCCUUGCCUUUGCCCCUGCUCCAUUCCCUGUGGGACCCCAAAGACUUUGCGCUGGUUUUGGCCUGGAUAGGCCUGCAGGCUCUGCUGUAUAUGCUACCUUUGGGAAAGGUCACAGAAGGGACUGUUCUUCGAGACAAGAGCCGGCUCCAGUACCGUGUGAAUGGGCUCCAUGCCAUGUGGAUCACAGCACUGGUGGUGGGGGUCGGCAUGGCUGCAGGGCUGCGCCUCAGUUACAUACAUGACCAUUUAUUGCAACUUGCCUUCUCUGCAUCUGUUAUUGCUUUUGGGCUCAGCGUCCUCCUCUACAUCAAAGCCCUGCUUGCUCCUGGGACCGCGCUGGCUCCAGGUGGGAAUUCAGGAAACCCCAUUUAUGACUUCUUCAUGGGCCAUGAGCUGAACCCCCGCGUUGGUACCUUUGACCUCAAGUUUUUCUGUGAGCUGCGCCCAGGUCUCCUUGGCUGGGCCCUUAUCAACAUGGGUAUGUUAGUGAAGGAGACGGAGCUGAGGGGUAGUCCUUCCUUGGCCAUGAUUCUUGUUAAUGGCUUCCAGCUUCUCUAUGUAGUAGACUCCUUUUGGAAUGAGGAGGCCAUCCUCACCACCAUGGACAUAGUUCAUGAAGGUUUCGGCUUCAUGCUGGCUUUUGGGGACCUGACUUGGGUGCCCUUCCUGUACAGUCUCCAGUCCUACUUCCUGGUCACUCAUCCACAGAAGCUUAGCCUGCCUAUGGCUGGAGGCAUAAUCCUGUUAAAUGGCCUCGGCUACACUAUCUUUCGCAGUGCUAACUCCCAGAAGAACACUUUCCGCCGGAAUCCUGCUGACCCCAAAGUAGCUGGGCUCAGAACCAUCCCCACAGCCACCGGGCGGCGCCUGCUGGUGUCAGGGUGGUGGGGGUUUGUGCGGCAUCCCAACUAUUUGGGGGACCUCAUCAUGGCUUUUUCUUGGUCCCUGCCCUGUGGUGUCGGCUACAUCAUGCCCUUAUUUCUACAUCCUCUACUUUACUGUGCUUCUGGUCCACCGGGAGGCCAGGGACGAGCACCAGUGCCUGAGGAAAUAUGGCCUGGCCUGGCAGGAGUAUUGCCGCAGAGUCCCUUACCGGAUCUUCCCAUACCUCUACUGAGUCGUUUCUUGGCUGGCUAUCCUUCUAAUCACACUGACAUACAUCCGUCAGCUUUUUUUCCUUACGGCUAUGGGGAAGUUCAUGCCCAAACAGCCUGGUUGGCUAAGGCAGACAGGUGCUACUGUCCUUGCAGAGUCUCACAGCAGCCUGGUACAACCUCUGCCAGUCUGUUACCGGAAUCAGAGGGUUUACAGUUUUCUGGGGACUGAAAGACCAUUGCCCUCAAAACCAACAUGGCUUACUUCUCCAAUGGGGAAAUCCACUCAUUUCCUGGUCAGAACCGGUGACGUUACUUUCAUCUGGAGACUACCAUUUUAAAAAAAAACAAAAUCUUAUGUACAGAUCUAAUCCACGGAUGCUUAUGGACAGGGCUGGGCAGACCCUAUGCUCAUUACAAAAUAUUCUAAUUGUAUAAAGAACCACAUUCUAUAACUGGAAUUAAUGAUGCAAAUUCAUUCGUUUUUAUAUCAUUGGGUCUGCUUCUGGAACCCCAGAACAAGGCUGUCUGCUGAAGAACCAGACAAUGCCACAAGUCUUUCCCUGGCUUCUUUCGGUCUUGUAAGACUUCACAAGGUAUCCGUUUGCAAGCUCUGAACCAGAAGGAAACUUCCUUUACGUUAUAAAAUGAAAUAAAAGCUUCCCAGGAUGUACAUUUUCUGCAGCAGAUACCAAUCAAGCUGUGUAUGAAGUCACGAAGUCUUAUGACUUUUAAGUUAGGAGAGUAGAACCAUGCCACAGCUUUUCAGUGAGAAAAGAAACCACUCAAAAAUCUGGCGAGUGUUGGUUUAAGCUUCAUGUUGGGGGACUGGAUUUUAGCUUCUAGCAAGCAUCAAUUUUGAUAAUGCAACUCGUCUCAGCUAUCAUGUGUUUUUAACAUUCAAGUGCUCCGUUUCCUAGCUGUUCUCAGAAGGCAAGUAAGACAUUUAUGCAACGUCUGAAUCCAUCCUGAUCAGUGGGGAAAAAAAAGAUUUUUUAAACUUAUACUGUUUUCAAAAUGAUUUGCCAAGUUUUCCAGAAAAUUUAUUUGCAGAAAAUAGAUGCCAUUUUAUUUUAACCCCCGAGUGGAGGCUUACUUACGCAUGUAAGAAACUCAUUGCUCCCAAAAAAUAUACUGAAGGAACAGUGGGGGAAGAAUCUCAAAAUAAUGUUUGGAUUCACGGCACAACAGUUUUUUGGCAGAACAGAAACUAAGUCAAACAUGACCUGGAGUGAAGAUCAAAUAGGGUUUGUAUACUUACUAGAGCCAGGCUGGGUUAGGAAUAACAGGCUUAUUACCCUGGAAGUUUUUGAGAAGGGAGGUUGAGUAGUAUUUAUUUGAAUAAAAUUUAUUAAAAU